GUAGGCUACUGUAAUUGGUCGGGAGAACUGUCACUCAUGUCAUCUGGCUGUGACCGAGGCCGUUUGGUUCCUGGCCGGUUGGAAGGGAGGUUUUAUACCAGGUUUACAGGAAUAAAACCAACUUGAGCCUGUGAGGUGUGUUCUUAAAAAAUGGGAACAAGAGAUGAUGAAUACGAUUACCUUUUCAAAGUGGUGCUGAUUGGAGACUCUGGCGUGGGGAAGAGUAACCUGCUAUCGCGUUUUACGCGAAACGAGUUUAACCUGGAGAGCAAGAGCACCAUUGGCGUGGAGUUCGCCACACGCAGCAUCCAGGUGGACGGGAAGACCGUAAAGGCCCAGAUCUGGGACACAGCGGGACAGGAGCGCUACAGAGCCAUCACCUCCGCGUACUACCGGGGGGCGGUGGGGGCGCUGCUGGUGUAUGACAUCGCCAAGCACCUGACCUAUGAGAACAUGGAGCGCUGGCUGAAGGAGCUGCGGGAUCACGCCGACAACAACAUCGUCAUCAUGCUGGUGGGCAACAAGAGCGACCUGCGCCACCUGAGGGCAGUGCCCACCGACGAGGCACGCGCCUUCGCAGAGAAGAACACCCUGUCGUUCAUAGAAACGUCAGCCUUGGACUCCACCAAUGUAGAGGAGGCUUUCAAAAGCAUCCUCACAGAGAUCUACCGCAUCGUGUCACAGAAGCAGAUGGCCGACCGCUCGGCGCACGACGAGUCUCCCGGCAACAACGUGGUGGACAUCAGCGUUCCCCCAACCACCGACGGCCAGAGGGGCAACAAACUACAGUGCUGUCAGAACCUGUGACCUCUGACCCCUGACCCCAUUAGGCACCCGCCCAACCCUCCUCUCUUCUGAUUUGUUCCUGUGUUGUGCUGCUGCUGGAACCCAGCCCAAACCCCCCCCCCCCCAACCUCGCCCUUCACCUCCCCUACUCUAAUCUCCCCUAAAAAUAAAAAAAAUCCUUUUUGUAAAAAAAAAAAAGAAAAGUAAAAGAAAAAAAUAGCUUAACUGUCAUAAUGUCUUCUGUCACGAAAUUAAAGUUUUCAGUCCCUCUUUUUCGGUCCCCCCUCACCCCAUAAACCGAUCUCCAGCAGCACAGGGGAUCUGCGAAAUGCAUGAACGCCGAACGCCAACUCGAAGUGCUGUAGCGGGUGUGCAGUUCAAUACAACGUCCAGUAGAUGGUGCUAUUUAUAUACGCAUUAUGGUGGCUCUAUGAAAAAAACGGGCCAUAGAAAGUUAUUUCGGUUUUAUGUCUGUUAGCCUAAUCCUGCGAGUCCGAACAAAACCUCAUCUUGUCUAUAUCAAAUAAAUCCUCCUCUUAGUGGUAGACAAACAUACUGCUGUAACAGACUAACACAGUAUUGACAGGGAUUUUUUCCCCCUCUCUUUCAUAACAACCAGAGAUGGGGGGGGGGGGAUUCAUCACAUUCACUCACGCAACAGUAUUAUGUUGUACUAAUAUUAAUAAAACCAACUUCAUAGUA